AUGGCUUCAAUGCUGCCAGACGAGGUGCAACUGGCGCUGGAUGGCGAGGCUUCCGGCCAGUCGUCCCCACCACCCACCCCCACAGGAGUCGAUGGCGCUCAGCCUGAUGUACAGCAGAAGCUCAAGGGCCGCAAGAGACUCCUAAGGGGCAUACAGCGGAUAGCCUCCAGUCCCUCGCUAGUAAGACUGGGCCGUGGCCGUUCUGCAUCGGAAGGCUCCCGUCGAUUCGGCGCGGGAGCGUCCAUGUCCUGUGUCUCUUUGACCUCGAACCUCUCCCAUCGUACCUGUUGGGAUGACCCGAGAGCGUAUGGCGAUUUAUCGAACAGACGACAUGGUGCUGUCGGUGGCGACGAGCAUCACGAGCCGAGCCGAGUCGUUGGAACGGAUAAUGGACUGCUUCACGGACAUAAUCAGACUUCGAUACCACUGCCGGCAGAUAUACGGCCGUCAUCUCGUGGAGUGAUGCUAGAUUCUACGGCAGAGGUGGACGCAGAUGGUGACACUGAGAUGGGAAUGGAAGUAGAGGAGGAGGAGGUUCCGCUGCAAAAUACAUGGGCUGAGCUCCCCAUGGAAAUCAGGAUGAAGGUUCUCGGGUACCUAAACCCAAAGGAGUUGUUUAAAUGCUCGAUCGUGUCCAAGGAUUGGAAUAUGAUGUGCUUUGAUGGCCAACUAUGGGCUCAUCUCGAUACAUCGCCUUACUACAGGGAGAUACCACGCGCUGCAUUGCUCAAGGUCAUUCUGGCGGCUGGGCCGUUCUUGAGGAACCUCAGCCUGCGAGGCUGCACUCAGCUGCUGGAGAUCUGGUGCUCGGAAGGCGAACGGGUGACGGAUGUUUGUCGAAACUUGAUGAAGCUGAAUAUUGAAGACUGCCUUAUGGAUAAGGCGACCACUCACUACUUCUUUACCCGCAACCCGCAAUUAAGACAUAUCAAUAUGUGUGGUGUCUUUACGGCCACCAACUCGGCCAUGAAAGCGGUCGCCGAGAACUGUCCGAAACUGGAGUUCCUCAAUAUCUCUUGGUGCAGGGGCAUAGACACAAAGGGUCUGUCGCACAUAGUCAAGUCGUGUACUCAGCUUAAGGAUCUGCGAGUUAGCCGCAUCGAAGGAUGGGAUAACGAAAGCAUCAUGUCGGGACUCUUCAAAGCGAACACGUUGGAACGAUUUGUCUUAUCUGACUGCGCUUCCUUGACUGACGCCAGCUUGAAGGCCCUCAUCCAAGGAAUUAACCCGGAAAUCGAUAUCCUAACGGGCCGCGCUGUCGUUCCUCCAAGAAAGCUCAAGCAGCUGGACGUGUCCAAUUGUCGUUCUCUUACCGAUAGCGGUCUAAAAUGUCUAGCACACAAUGUUCCCGAUCUCGAAGAUCUCCAUGUAUCAUUCAUCAGCAAUUUAACAGACGACUCAAUUGCGCCCAUCAUCAACACGACCCCUAAAUUGAUACAUCUCGAACUCGAAGAACUCGGCGAAUUGACGAACUUUGUCCUCACUGAGUUGUCGAGAGCACCAUGCUCCAAAACCCUGGAACAUUUGAACAUCAGCUUCUGUGAAAAAAUCGGAGAUACAGGAAUGUUGCCCCUAUUGCGGACAAGUACCAGCCUUCGCUCUCUCGACCUAGACAACACACGUAUCUCCGAUCUCACGCUGAUGGAAGUCUGCUCUCAAAUGCGGAAACGCGGUGUCGGGCCCGAUUUUUCUAAAAUCGGCCUUCGUCUAGCAGUAUUCGACUGCGGAAACGUUACCUGGGCUGGUGUCCGCGAAGUUCUCUCCAACAACUGCUCCGUCCCCUGGAUGACAUACCCAUCUUCCACCGGCGCACCUAAGCCGUCCCGUGGAUCAGCAUCUUCUCUCUCCAGCGGCUAUUCUGAUGUUGAGGACGACGAUAGUUCGCACACUGACUCCAGCUCUGACUCCCUCACGCCCACGCCUUCCGACUCGGGUACAUCCACGCCCUUCCCAUCCGCAUCAUCCCCUCUUCCGCACCCAACGCCACGCCCACACCUCUACCCGACCCAAAUCAUAAGCUUAAAAUGUUUCUAUGGAUGGCAGAUGACUGUGGACGAACAUACAAAGCGAGUCCUACGCGGAAAUCUAGCUUCUGCGAUGCGCCUGGAGAGGAAAUGGGCCGAUUAUAUGAUGGCCAAUCAAGAGUCUGGUGGCUCAGCUAGGAGAAAUAGGCGUCGAGCAAGGGAGCUAGAAGACCUUUUUGACCCGGAUGAUGACCAGGAGUAUGGCUAUGGGCCAGCCGGAUUGGCGCCAUUGGGCGGGAGGAGAAGAAGGGCAAGGAGCGGAGGCUGCCUUGUUAUGUGA